UCCGUUCAACCCCGCCAGCCUCUUUCUCACCACGUGACUUGAAAUCCAUCUCCGCCAUCUUACAUGGACGCUCGAAGGAAGAAAUCUCCUCAGCCGGUCCACUUGCGUCCGGUGCGCAUGCGCAUGGAGUGUGGCGGUCGGUGGGCGGCCAGGAGAGAGGAGUGGGCUCGAAAGAGAGUGAAUGAGUGAAUGCGGGCGGGCGGCCUCCCGGGCCCUCUACGCCGCCGCCACCGCCGUCACCACCAUGUACCGUGCCAGUAGCGGCCGCUCGAGCGUGUCGUCCUCCAGUCGCUCCAAAGAGAGCAGUAGCUCGGGCUCCCGUAGUUCUCGGUCCGGAGCCUCCACGUCCGGCUCGACGCGAGGCCGGAGCCCGCGCCGCUCGCGCUCACCCUCUCCUCGGGGCCGCCGCCACCGCUCGCCGUCCAGCAGCCGCUCUUCUCGCCGUUCGCCGUCCCCGCGCCGCAGUAGUCGGAUACGCUCUCCGUCAGGGGGCAGCUGGAGCUGCAUCGGUUCUGAGCAACGGGACAACAGCCUUACCCGGAGACGUUCUCCAGGCCGGCGCUCACGAUCUCCACGCUCAUGUUCUCCACGCCGGCGUUCACGUUCUCCACGCUCACGUUCUCCAGGACGACGCUCACGUUCUCCAGGACGACGCUCUCCAACCCGGCAUUCAAGUUCUCCGGGUCGGCGCUCUCCAGCCCGGCAUUCAUGUUCACCAGGCCGGCGCUCCCCAAGUCGACACUCUGAAUCUUCAGUGGAACAAAGCUUGCGGAUCACAGUUGGCAAUGACCGUUAUGGCAUUGAUACACCUGAAAGAAAGAGAUUAUCAGAUAGACUAGGCUCACCUGUUGAUAGCCUGAGUGAUGUGGACAGGGAUGACUUGGCUGAUGGUCCAAUAUUUAGCAGAGGCCUCUCACAUCCUCGAAGCCUUGAUCGAUACCCUUCUCGUGAGGCAACUCCUUCUAGCCCUUUCCGUAUGAGACAUGAUGAUGAUUAUCGCAGCAGGGAUGUUUUCGUCCACCAGUCGGACUAUAGCGUGACCUAUGACCAUCUACAUGAUCAACCAAGAGAAAGUGAUAGGGGUGGCGAACUACUUAGGAAAUCUCUAUAUACAUCAGAGGAUAGAGGGAGAGAGCCAAAACGCUCUCGGUACGACAGAGAUGCCAGAGUACUUGAUAUGAGCAUAGAGCCUCAGGGUUUCAUGCCAGCAACACGAAACUAUCGUAAGCGAAGUCUUAGUAGAAGCCCAAGCCCAACAUACCUGGAAGAGGAUUUCCGUGAACUUGAAAGUGCUAGGAGAAAAAGAGAAGAGGAAGAGCAGACCAGAAAUCUGAGUCGAGAACUGCCUGGCAGUGGCUACAUGAUGCCUGGCUCAACUAACCCAGUACCGUCUUCUGAACCUCGGUACCUUUAUAGACCUGAUGAUGCACCAGCGAUGCCCAAAAAAUCUAUAUUGAAGAAACGUGUAGAAGAUUUUUCUGUACAGCCCGAAGUAUUUUCUAGCAGUUCUACUUCUGUCAAAGAGCCGCUGCAUCUUUCAAAUAAUCCUCCUUUGCCGCAGCGUAGCAGUGUUGCUCCUUUUUCAUUGGAGGUAGAGAAUUUCCUCAAACGGUUCAACAAAAAUGCAGUUGCAGAGUCUACCAACAAGGAGUCUCAAGGCAAUGUUCAUGAUUGGAGACCAUAUUCGGGCGUACAACAAAACACUUUCCCCUUUGAACAGAACUCUGGGAGUUUUUUAAAACAGAAAGAGCCCCAUGAGUCAACAUCUGAGCCUGCCGACAGGCACAGUGACUUCUUGCUUCCUCAUGAAAGAGUCAGCCAGGAUGGGAGUGGCUUUUCACGCAUUCUGGGCAUGAUGGCAGAUUCUACCAGUGCUCAAGAGAAGAGAAGGCGCAGCUUCCCUGAUGACAUUGAGGAUGAAGAGAAAUUUCUUUAUGGCGAUGAUGAGGAUGGCUCUAACGUUGACUCACCUUCUACUCAAAAGCUAAUACUGAGUGGUGAGAGAGAACCUGUGAACCAGAAAGUAAGUUCUCCACCUCCUCCAAGUCCACCUGUAAAACCAGACACAUCAGAAGAGUCCAGGCCAGAGUAUGAGAAGAUCCAUGACUUGCUCAAAACUAUUGGUCUUGACAUUGGGGUGGCUGAAAUUGGUAAGCUUGCUGCCCGCACUCAGGAACGACUCCAUGGGAAAAAACCAUCUCGUUCUCCAGAUCGUCAUUUGGUGGCUUCUCAUAAACCAGAAUCUCGGGAGAGACGGCACAGUCGAAGCAACACUCAUUCUCCAGAAUCAAGCCAGAAGCGCUCUCUCUCACCUUCUGGUUCUUUCCCACCAUCUAAAGAUAUGUCCUCUGUUUCCAACUCUGAGUACAAUAAAAGCAAAAGCAUAGGGCAGGAUAAUCCUGCUGGCACACCUGAGCGUUCUGUUCCCCCGAUAUCUCUGAUCCCAUCCGCUCCACCUUCUCAUCCUAAUUUGUCUCCUCCUACAUCUGUUUCUCAGUAUAGAGUUUCACGCUUUCCACCAUUCCCUGCAACUCAACUGCCACAAAACUAUCCACCUCCCACAAUGGCCCCUCCUGGCUAUAACGCUUACGGGCACUACAUGGCUUAUGCAGCUUCUGGCUGGCCCAUGUAUGCUCAGCAGGCUGACCCUGCGCUUUCAGACGUACAUGGGCUUGUCACGCUGACAGUACCACCAAAUCCUACACGACCCAACCUCAGAGUUAUUGAGACAGUUUCCACAGGCAAAGGGACUCCUGAUAUCAAGAGGGAUGAGUCUGUUCUUGUGCAAAUCCCUAGUGGUGCUCCUUACUCCAUCCCACAGUUCUCUCAACCCUCUCUCAAGGAAAGAAUAUCUGAUGAAAGAAAUCGGGCUUCUCAGAAGCAAAAGGUAAUAGAGGAAAGAGAGAAGUUGAAGGCUGAACAAGAAGCACGACAGAAGAAACUGCACUAUUUGAGGACUGAGUUAAACAGGCUUUCAAAACAGCAAGGGGAGAUGCUGAGGAAGAAACGUAGAGAAAAGGACGGGCACAAAGACCCCUUGUUAGUGGAAGUAAACCGACUACAAGAGAACAUUGUGAAGGAGAUUGCUCAACUGAAGAUAAAUGCUGAUGCUGCAGAAAAGAAACAAUCUGAGCUUGACAAGGUAGCUCAGAUCCUGGGGAUUAAUAUUUUUGAGAAAUCCCGGAAACUAUCUUCAGAAAAUAAAGACCCCUCAGAAAAAAACAAGUCAGAAAUCGCAAAAAGUCAGGAGAGAACUUCCAACUCAAUCAAGGAAUCUAAACCUAUUAAUGACAAGCCCAAGGGUAAGAGCCCCAAGCCUACAGAAUCAUCACAGCCAUCCAAACAGCAAAUCCAAGCCGCCAAUAUUUAUGACUAUUAUGACACAGGGAACCAUUGGUGCAAGGAUUGCAAUACCACAUGUGGGACCAUGUUCGAUUUCUUCACACAUAUGCAUAAUAAGAAGCAUAGGCAGACCCUGGAUCCGUAUAACAGACCCUGGGCUUCAAAAACUGAAAGAGAAACAAAGCAAGAAGUCACAAAACGCAUUGACAAAAUACCUGUUCCUGCCAAAGGUUCUGAAUUCCUUAUCCCAGUCACUGGAUAUUACUGUCAGCUCUGCCACGAAUUUUUUGGAGACCAGAUAUCAGCAGAGCAACAUGUGAAAAGUCAUCCACAUAAUGAGAAAUAUAAGAAACAUGUAGAUGAGAAUCCACUCUAUGAAGAGAGGAGGAACCUGGACCGUCAAGCAGGAUUGUCUGUGAUUCAAGAAACAGAACGCAGGCUGAAACGGAAACAGUGUGAAAAGCAAAAAGAGGAGAAAGAUGAAAAGACAGCAAAAGUGUCAAGAAAAGAGGAACCAAAGAGUACCAAAGAACUGGGUGAUGGGGAUAAUGAACAUGAGACUAGUAAAAGGAAAGAAGUUCCUAAUGGCCAAAAAUGUGAGAUUAAGCUUAAAUUGAAGAAAGAUGACAAAGAGGUUGAGAAGAAGGAAGGGAAAAAAGAGGAAUCCCCAAAGGAGUCAAGAUUGUCAUCUUUUGGAAAGUUCAGCUGGAGGAAGACUGAGAGAGAGGAAAAAAAUCAAGACAAAGAUGUCUUUAGGGAGGAGAGUGCUGAGGAAAGCAAAGAUAAAGAAAGUAAGCCCCAGUCUGGAAAACCAAAUUCAAAGCCCAUUGCAAUUAAGUUGUCUGGAAAAACGGUUAUUCCACACACCAGCCCCUGGACCCCAGUUGUUUCAACUUCAUCACAAGCAAAAAUCAGACCUAAUUUACCAAUUCCCAUGAUGGUUCUCAGGAAGUCUGCAACUACAACAGUAAGCAAGCCAGCACCUUUAAAUACUUUCCUGUCUAUAAAAUCUUCUGGUGCCACUACCAAGCCACUUCCUGUAGUUAAAGAGGGUAAUCCAGAACUUGUUCUAGCUCCAGAUAUUAUUUCAAAAGCAUUUGGAGGAGAAGUAGUCGUUUUAAAGAACUCACAGGAUAAAACAAAGGCACCAGAACAACCAGAGGAAAAGGAGCAUGAAAGUGUGUCAAAGGCCCUAGAACAUGCAAGAGCCCUGGAACAUGCAAAGGCAAAUGCAGCAAAGGUUCAGGAGCAGGCCAGUGUUAUGGCAAAAGCACAAGCAAAGGCACGGGAGCUUGCAGCUAUGGCAAAGGAACAAGAAGUUACAAGAGGGGCAAAGAUAAAUGACCAAUCCAUGAUUUUUGAAAGAUCACAUCGCCGUCCUCCUCUACUACCAUUGCCUCCAGGACCACCACUGACGCUAGCAGUACCACUACCACGACCACCAGCAAUAUUAUUCCCACCUCCACCCCUGAUGCCACCGAAAGAAACAAUUAUCUUGGCAGAUGACAUGGCUCCUGGUGUGUCUGAGGAUGAUAAAAACAUACUGGCAGUGCCCAUGUGUCCCCAUCCUUUGCCACCUCCAACUAUUUUUAGAGACCAUGUUAAUAAAUUAGAAAAAAAGAACUCUUCCUUGGCUGCAGGUAAUGCUAAAGAUCUAUACGACAUCUUCUACAAUAACAGUGGCAGGAGUCCAGCUGACAGCAAGCUCAUGAAUUCUGCAACUUCAGAUAAAGGAAAAAUAAAUCCUAUUGAGAGAGAGAGAAACACAGACCUUUUGGUAAAUUCUAAACCAAGCAACAACUCCUUUGCACAAGAAUGCAGUUCUUCUGAUGUUAGCAAAAUCCCCUCAGGUGAUGGGACUGCAGAACCAGAGGAAGUAAAAGCUGAGAAAAAGGCAGCCUGUGAAGAAAACAUUGAUCUCAAAACUGAGGAUGAGGGGGGAUCAGAGAAAAUCUCCAUUUCGAAUACGCUGUCUACAUUCAAGUAUAAGGAAGUAUUAGAAUCUAACAACCUUGCAACAAGUGCCUCUGUUGCCUUUCAGAAUGAAGAAGAAAUGGGAACUCCUGCUCCAAUUGAAUUUAGCAAGAAAUCACCAGAACUUGUAAGAGCAGAGCUAGACAUACAAAUACCAAAAAGAAGUCCUCUUCCUUUGGAUGACUUUAGUAAGAAAUCCACAGACCUACAAUUAUUAGAAGACGCAGAAUCUUACAAUCUUCCAAGUGCCUCUGUUCCCUUUCAGAAUGAGGUAGAAAUAGGAACUCCUACUGCAACUGAAUUUAUCAAGAAAUUACCCAAUCUUGAAAAAGCAGAAUUAGCCAGGCAAUUGCCACAAAGGAGUGCUCCCGCUUUCAAAAAUGACAGCAAGAAUCCAUCAGAAUUUGAGACAGCAGAGUUUAAAUCUUCUGAUGAUAACAAAUUGACUGUAAAGUUUUCAGAAAACAGUGUCUCUCCUUUAGGAGAUGUUAGCAAGAACCCAUUGGAGCUCAAGACAGCAGAAUUAGCUAUGCAGUUGCUAGAAGGCAAUGCUCCUCUUUUGGAAGAUGAUAGCAAGAAGCCAUCAGAACUUGGGACAGCAGAGUUUGAAUCUCCUCAUGAUAAAGAAUUAACAAUGCAAUUGUUAGAAUACACCACUGCUCCUUUAGAAGAUCUUAGCAAGAAGUCAUCAGAGCUUGGGACAACAGAAAUUAAAUCUCCUGAUGAUAAAGAAUUAAUGAUGCAAUCAUUAGAAUACACCACUGCUUCUUUAGAAGAUUUUAGCAAGAACCCAUUCAAACGUGACAGAGCAGAAUUAGUUACGCAGUUGCCAGAAAUCAGUGCUCCUUCUUUAGAAGAACUUCACAAAAAUCCAUCGGAGACUGGGGCAGCAGAAUUUAAAUCUCUUGAUGAUAAAGAAUUAACAAUGCAAUCGUUAGAAUACACCACUGCUCCUUUAGAAGAUCUUAGCAAGAAGUCAUCAGAGCUUGGGACAACAGAAAUUAAAUCUCCUGAUGAUAAAGAAUUAAUGAUGCAAUCAUUAGAAUACACCACUGCUUCUUUAGAAGAUUUUAGCAAGAACCCAUUCAAACGUGACAGAGCAGAAUUAGUUACGCAGUUGCCAGAAAUCAGUGCUCCUUCUUUAGAAGAACUUCACAAAAAUCCAUCGGAGACUGGGGCAGCAGAAUUUAAAUCUCUUGAUGAUAAAGAAUUAACAAUGCAAUCGUUAGAAUACACCACUGCUCCUUUAGAAGAUCUUAGCAAGAAGUCAUCAGAGCUUGGGACAACAGAAAUUAAAUCUCCUGAUGAUAAAGAAUUAAUGAUGCAAUCAUUAGAAUACACCACUGCUUCUUUAGAAGAUUUUAGCAAGAACCCAUUCAAACGUGACAGAGCAGAAUUAGUUACGCAGUUGCCAGAAAUCAGUGCUCCUUCUUUAGAAGAACUUCACAAAAAUCCAUCGGAGACUGGGGCAGCAGAAUUUAAAUCUCUUGAUGAUAAAGAAUUAACAAUGCAAUCGUUAGAAUACACCACUGCUCCUUUAGAAGAUCUUAGCAAGAAGUCAUCAGAGCUUGGGACAACAGAAAUUAAAUCUCCUGAUGAUAAAGAAUUAAUGAUGCAAUCAUUAGAAUACACCACUGCUUCUUUAGAAGAUUUUAGCAAGAACCCAUUCAAACGUGACAGAGCAGAAUUGGCCAUUCAGUUUUCAGAAAGUAAUGCUCCUCCUUUGGAAGAACUUCACAAGAAUCCAUCGGAGAUCGAGGGAACAGAAUUUAAAUCUCCGGAUGAUACAGAGUUAGCAAUGCACUUGCCAGAAAAGGAGGCUGGUCUUAGUAAGGAGCCUGUAAUAAUGAGGCAUGUUGGUGUGACUAGUUGUGAAGACAUCGAUGAGAAGCUGCAAGACCAACAGAAUACAGAGGUUUGUGAUCAAUCCAAGUUAGAAGAAAUUAACAGUGAUUUGGAAGUAAAAGCAUAUGUGACAAGUUUAGGUGAGAGAGAUGUGGGAAGAGAACGUUUGGAAUCAGCAGACCAUAACUUUGCAGUUAGUCAGGGAGACAAGUCUCAGUUAUUUGAAAUACAAAUAGAAACCCCUAAGGGGGAAGGACCAAUUAUAACAGAAGAGAAGCAAAUUGAUGACAGCUCUGAGCAAACAACAUGGGUUUCUACAUGGGUUUCUGAUAUCUGUGUUCAGAGUCAAGUGGCUUGGGAGCCAAUCGACUUAUCGUCCAAAGUGAGUGAGAAAAGUCCUCAAAUAGUAGUGAGAGAACAGAGUUUUUCUAAAGAAUCAUCAUUGGGUCUAAAACUGGGUCCUGUGGGAAUUGAAAGGCUCGAGCCAGCAGUCAUUGAUGAAAGUCCUCAAACGUCAGAGGUCCUGAACAUAGAUCCAGAAUUGAAGCCUUUAAAUAAAGGUGAAUUGGACUCUUUCCAUACUAACAGUGAACAAGACUUGUUGGUUAAUUUUCCUCCAAGGGACAAUGAGGCUUUUAAUGUAGUCAAUGCUCCAAGUUCAGGAGAGAUGCCAAAUGAGUGCCUUGCUAACAUAACCAUGGUAAGCAGCACAGUAGGGGAAUAUGAACAAAUUAAUCAACAACCAUUAAGCUGUGAAGUUAAGGAUCUUGAAGUAGAGGGAACUAAAGCUUUGGACAGUAUCUCUUCUACAACUGAUGCCGAAACUAGUUCCAGUGUAGAAUUAAUGUUCCUACAAAAUGAUACACAGAGAUCUUCUGAAUCUCAUAUGAAGUUAAGUUACAUGGAAGAGACACCUUUAAUCGAAACAAAAAAUGCUAUUUUUUCCAGUAUUCAGCCAGAGAUGGUGCAAGAACCAUUAGAUGCUCUUCCAACAGAAAUCAGUGUUGGACAUCUUGGAGAAGAGGCCCUUACCUUCACAGCCAUGAACACGGGGGUCUUGAAUACCUCAGCAGCUGAUGAUUUUGACUUGAACUCAACUUAUUCAGAACUUAGCUUUAACCAGACUACAACCCUUACUCUGAAUUUAAAAGUAGAAAAUGAGAGAGAUUCUCUGAAGUCUGAUGAAAUAAAGCCUACUGAUCCAUCUGAACUAAAACCAGGUUUGGAAUUAGAAACUAUUCAUUUCAGUCUAGGGGAUAUUGAAGUGGAACGUGAACACUUGAGUAUCCUACCAUCUGAAAUUCUAAAUGAAGAUACUGUAGAAAGCCCCAAGUUAGAAACUAUUACAUCUAUUUGUUUAAAGUCUAGCAAGACUAGUGAGUUGGGCAUUGACCAACCUGCAGUUGAACCAGAAAUGAUUGAUUUUGUUGUAUCAGCCUCUGGUGAUCAAGAGGACAAAUUUUGCUCCUUGGUUUCUGAUGCAAUAGUUUCACAUAUGGGAUCUCCUGCACCAAAUAGUGACACUGCAGAACCAAGCAUGUCACUCAUUGAAAUGCAGGGUAUGCCUUCAGUUUCUGGGGUUUUUCAAUUAGAUGUUAGCCAAGGUGGCACUUCUGAUAUGUCAUCAUUGAGUUGUGUUGGAAAAAAUGUGGAAAAUCAAGCAGCUGCAUGUAUGGAACCCCUCCAUCCAGAUCGCAAUAAAACAUCUGUAGAAGUGGGGGGCUCGGGCAAUAGUGAAUUGUACAGUGAGAUGCAGACAUCUGGAGGGGAGAUAACCAAGAUGGAAGAGGAAAAUGAUGACAAUAGAUCUGAGGUUCACAGUAAGUUGACUUUAGAAGUUACUGACAACUCUACAAAGCACCUGGUAAGUUCUGACAAAAUGGGUCCGAAUGUUUGAGUAGCAAUUGUUGAGAUUUUGUAAAUAUUCUGUUUUGAGUUUAUUAUGUUGGACAUCUUGUAGCUCACAGUAGACGUUGGCUAAAGCCUAAGCUUCCAUACCCAAAAAACUAGACUCUGUUGUACAUAUACUACAUUGCGUAAAGUUUUCAUGUCAAUCUUUGACUAUUAGGUUUCCAUUUCCUGCCAUUAAAAUGGAAUUUCUCAUUUAUAAUGUGCAUGGUUUGGGCUCUGGACUUUUGUUUUUGUUAUUGUUGGGGUGUGUGUCUUCCUUUUGCAUUUUACUUUGACUUUUAAUGAUUUCUGAUUUACACAGCUUUUGUAAGUAACAUUCCAAGUGCAACCCUGCAAGCGCAAGGACACCUGUUCAGAACUUCAGGAAAAUGAAGGCUCUUGCUGAAUCAUUUAAGCAGAAAGUUUCUUUGAAACGUUAUGCAUAUUUUGUUGUGCAAAAUGUAAAAUGCAUGGAGAUUGUUCUGCAUUUUUCAUGAUGCAGAAGAUUGUUCUGCAUUGUUUGACUUGUAAUUACAUUGUUGAAUUGCGCCUGUAAUCAAGACUGCAAUGUCAUAUUGUAUAAAACCCUCUGUGGAUACCAUCUCAUUGAACAAAGGAGAAAAAUCUGCCAACUCAAUUUUGGAGAAGAAACCUAUUUGGUAAGGCUGUGACCCGACUCCUGGAUUCUGCAUAUUGAGGUCACUUACAUGAUUUGAAAUCACAUUUUCUUUCAUUGUAUUGUGAUACAGUAACUGUUUGUGUUAAAUUGUUUAGCAGCUUCCCAACUCAGAAGAAAUAGAAGAUCUGAACUUUGCUCUCAGGAUUGGAUUCACUUCAUAUAUCCAGAUAUUACAUGCCUGAAUGGUACCUUGAGCCACAAAAUAACUGUUGUGUGAAGGUUUUCACUUAUACAGUUUGUCAAGAUAUGCAUUAAAUCUUUGCAUGGACUUAUCUAAAGUUUCAUCUGUAAAUCUUAAAUAAACUCACGAUAAACUAA